AUGGAGAUCGAUCCUCGUCUGCGAUCUCCCGGCGACAAUACUACUGGCGGUGUAACCGGUUCGCCAGCCCUACACCACCACGCAUACGAGCCGACGCCGCAGUCUGCGCAUUCGACUACGGGUGGAUAUCCGGAGGUGCCCUCGCAUGUCUCACCCAGUGAUCAAUUCCAUUCGCCUACGCCGUCCUCCAGCGGUCAUGGUUACUACGGUGCUGUCCCUCAUGCGUCGCACUCCUACUAUCCCAGCGAACCGGCCGCUAUUGCAGGCGCGCCGUCUCAUGAACAACACCACAUCGAUCCUGAUGACCCUCUGGGGGAUCUGAAGCGCCCGCGCGCGUGCGAGGCUUGUCGACAGCUCAAGGUCCGCUGCGAACCGGAUGAUAACCACCCGACUGGGGCAUGUCGGCGGUGUGCAAAGGCUGGCAGGACGUGUGUGGUGACGGCACCUACGCGCAAGCGCCAGAAGAAGACGGACAGUCGCGUCGCGGAGCUGGAGAAGAAGAUUGAUGCCCUCACUGCCAGUCUGCAGGCGACGCGCGGUCAGAAUCCCGUGGCGGAGGUAGGGACACCCCGACUAUAUACUGAGGAGCCGACCCCGCGACGAUGGCUGGGAGGAGGACCGCCUCCACGGCAGGGCGUUGACCGUCGAGCGUCGAGAGAUACUUCCGUCAUGGGUUCUCCAGCACAUCUGGCGGGUAAUAAGCGACAGCAUAGUGGUGAAUUCAAGGGUGCUGGCUACGGCGGCUUUCUCGCACCGCAGAAUCCGCGUUCUCGCAGCCCGCAACCGGAGCAACAGGCGCGCGACGUUGGGGACUUAUCUGGGGUGUGGAGCAGCAUCUUCGUACCGAAGCCAGAUGCCGGACAUGAGUUUGCGGACGUCAUUGACAAAGGCCUUGUGGAUGUUGAGAUAGCGAACAAGGCGUUCAAUCGGUAUGCGGCGGAUAUGGCACCUGUACUGCCCUUUGUCGUUUUCCCACCUGGCACGAAGAUGGGUGACAUUCGAAGGACGAAGCCGAUCCUCUUUCUCGCUAUCCUUUCCGUUUCGAUUAGUCCCUUCCAGCCUGCGAUCCACUUGCAACUGACCAACGCUGUCUAUCGCGUCAUUGCAGAGCGGGUCCUCGUCAAGGGCGAAAAGACUCUCGAGCUUGUGCAGGCGCUCCUCGUGGCUUGUCUCUGGUAUCCUCCGCCAGACCAUUUCGAGGAGCUCAAGUUCUACCAGUUGAUCCAUAUGGCAGCCAUCCUGGGUAUGGAUAUUGGUAUGAACCGGCGGACAAGGACAAAGCACAAACCGCCGUUUGGGGUGUGGCGGGAGAUCCUUGGGAAGAAAGCUAGCUCGUUGGACCCAGAUGCUCCCGAGACGAGGAGAGCGUGGGCAGGAUGCUAUUUUAUGGCUUUACUAUCAACGUUUGCUCUGCGCCGUGCGCUACUAGUGCGGUGGUCUCCUUAUAUGGACGAAUGUCUCGAUAUCUUUCAGAAUUCCCCGGAUGCGCUACCGUCUGACAGGUCUUUGACGCACUGGCUGAAGCUGGCCCGUAUUGGCGAGGAAGUCAGUUUUCAGUUCUCCAUGGACGAUCCUGUUACGAGUCUGUCGUUGCAUGAUCCCAAGGUCCAGUAUGCCCUGAAGGGUUUCGAAAAGCAGAUGGAUCAGUGGCGCCGAGAAAUCCCUUCAGAAUUCUAUUCCCCUACCAUGAGGCAUUUCGAGCAGAUCCUCAACGUCUACAUGCACGAAAUCGCAAUGCAUGUGGAUCAUAACAUCGACGACUUCAGACCACCCUUUGUCUCGUCAGCGCGAGAGGGCGCGCUGACCGAGCAUACUACCCCUGCCCAUGUGGACGCUCUCACCUCGUGUCUGACAUCGAUCCAUGAGUCCCUUGAUAUCAUGUGCUCGUUGGAUCAGAAGACGAUCCUGGCUCUGCCGACCAUAUUCUUUGCGCGGACGUCCUACGUGGCGGUCGCGCUGAUCAAGCUCUUUUCGGCUACCUCUGCACAGGACAGCCGACUAGGACAGGUCUUUGACCCUGCCGAUUUGAAGGUGGAAUACUAUCUCGAUAAGGUUACUCAACACUUCAAAGUGGCCGGAAAUAAUGAUGGCGGACGGACGGUAGCAAAGUUUGCCGUGGUCUUGAGUAUGUUGAAAAACUGGUUCUUGAAGCGAAAGGACCAUGACUCGUCCAGGGAGGGCAGCAGCCAGCAAAGGUCCUCUGAGAAGGGAGAUCAUGAUAAAGUAUGUUGUCAACAGCCGGGUACCACGCCUCUUCAUCUCCUCAGCGAAGUGGCCAUGGAUGCGAAUAACCGACCGGGAUCGAGCCAGAUGCAGUCCCAGGAACAGUCGCAGUACCCGCCUCCGCCUCAAAUCAACGGGCCUGGAGUUACUGUAGGUUCGGCUCUAGCCCAAGAUCAGGGACACGGUGUGAACACCAUGCAAGAUACAUGGUCCCAAUAUCCUCCGCCGCCCAGCAUCUCGGCCACUUCGACCUCUCAUCAACUCUAUUCCCAACAGCCCACGGCCUUCCAACCGCCUCCAGGUCAGGAAUACCCGAUGGUGACGGCAAUGGAUCAACCUGUUUACGCUGGCUUCGUCCCUGAACUGGGCAUGCAGGUUGGAUUCGACGCAGACAAUCUCUUCGGUCUGGGCAGUAUCCUGGAGGACGGCUUCUUUGAUUUUGCCGUGGAUACGAAUCCGAAUUCAUUCUGA